AUGACUACAAAGUGGGAUAGCUCAAAGAGAGCAAAGGUUAUUGUUCUAGCUGGUACCUCUGGUACGGGUAAGACAAGCGUUGCUUCCAACUUAUUAGAACAUUAUAUGAAACAAUUGCCAAACUUAAAGUAUUUAGAAGGUGAUGAUUUACAUCCACCUGCAAAUGUGGCAAAAAUGUCAUCAGGUCAUCCUUUGCAAGAUGAAGAUCGUUGGGAUUGGUUAAAAGUUGUUGCUCAUAGAUCAGCCGAUGUUGCUAGAUUAUCUCAUGGUAUUUCCAUCAUUACGUGUUCCAGUUUGAAAAAAAAAUAUAGAGAUUUGAUUAGAGCUACCGAACCUGAAGUUGAUUAUUGUUUUAUUUUCUUAUAUGCUAACCAAGAAGAAAUUUUCUCGAGAUUAAAUAAUAGAAAAGGUCACUUUAUGAAAGCUAAUAUGAUGCAGUCACAAUUUAACGAUCUUGAAUUACCUAUUCCGAAUCAAGAAAAAAAUUGUGCUGUUGUCAAUUUUGAAGGAAAGCCACUAGAUGUUAUUACUAACGAAGUUCUAGAAUAUGUUGAAAAAGUCUUGCACGAUCAAGAUUUUUAA